UCGCUUGGAUUUCACACGUUUGGAGUCUAUAAAAGCAUAUAGCAAACGAUACUUGAGGAUCAGUUUGUGUUCUCUAUCCAAACGGGGUACAACCUUAGUGGAGGAGUAGAGUGUCUGAGAGAUAAAAUAAACUCCUUUUUUGUAUUCAUAAUAAAGUAAAAGAACAGAAAAAAAUCCACCCACAAUGUCUCUCGAACGUCAAGUGCGUGCCAAGAUUGCCGGAAAGCGUGAUCCCGUCAAGGACAAGGAAGCUCAGGAAUGGAUUGAAGCCUUGUUGGGUGCCAAAUUCCCAGCUGGCAGUCUCUAUGAGGAUGUCCUCAAGGAUGGUACAGUCCUCUGCCGCCUCAUGAACAAACUCCAACCCGGAUCUGUACCAAAGAUCAACGAAUCUGGUGGACAAUUCAAAAUGAUGGAAAACAUCAACAACUUCCAGAAAGCCCUCAAGGAUUACGGUGUACCUGAUAUUGAUGUCUUCCAGACAGUUGAUCUCUGGGAAAAGAAGGACAUCUCUCAAGUCACAAACACACUCUUCGCUCUCGGACGUGCAUGCUACAAACACGCCGAUUUCCCCGGACCUCAUCUAGGACCCAAGCCUGCCGAUGAGUGCAAACGUGACUUCUCAGAGGAGCAACUCCGUGCUGGAGAAGGUAUUGUCGGUCUUCAGGCUGGACAGAAUAAGGGAGCUUCACAAGCUGGUCAGAAUAUUGGUGCCUCCCGCAAAAUUCUUCUUGGAAAGUGAACACCUCACACAAAGCAUCAGGAGAGAAAAUCAUCGCAAAAUUCCUCAUUUUUCUCUCUCACAAAAUGCUUUUCAUGUAUUUUUUCCACGCACUUUCAAUACCACAUGCUAUUUUUAAAGAUAAACCUACCUAAAAAAAACGGUACACUAAAUGGGUAAUAAAUUAUAUUUAUUAUGAAAAAUUUUCUACGAUAUAAAUUGUGUAUAGAAUUUUGUUGGGAACGAAAGAAAGAAAAAAAAGAAAUCGAAAAGAAAAUGUAAUCAUUGUUUUAUUUUAUGUUUUCAUAAACAAAAAAAAAGAAAAAAAAAUUAGACAAAAAAACUCAUGAUUUUCAUUGAAAAUGAAACAUUGAGCAAAGAUUGAAUAAAUAUUUCCUGUUUAGUAUUUAAAUGACAA